UCUGACGCUGUCUAUUUAAGGUGUUGGAGACGGCAGCCCAGUGUCGAGAACCGGGUUAGGGCCACGUUACAGCUGGAGAGAACAUCCUGAUUCUGCACACAGCGGCGAGCAAAUACAUUGUUACCUCGUAGGAAAAGGAUUCACUUAGUUAUCAGAACCUGUAUUAUGAUCAUUCGGCGUUUCAUUUCUGGACUUUCUAUGGAACAGCGGCAGAGCCAAUGCUUAGUUAAGAAGAACUUCAACGAGCGGGAUACUUUUAGAGAAUCCUGGUCGUCCCUCCCCUGUUAACUGCCCUGGCACACUGAAUCUGACAACAGGCUCGGGCAGAGUCCAUUUGUCUUGUUGAUCACUAGAUUGCAAUCCUGCAAGACACAGCAGGACUUUUCUCAUCUUUGCUAAUCGUAACUUUGCUGAAAAUGGUUGGAUUUAAACCCACAGACGUUCCUCCAACGGCCACAGUGAAAUUUAUUGGUGCUGGAACAGCUGCUUGCAUAGCUGACCUGUUCACCUUCCCUUUGGACACUGCUAAAGUCAGAUUACAGAUUCAAGGAGAAUUCAAGUCUGCUGCAGAAGUGGCCACCAUAAAGUAUAAAGGUGUCUUUGGCACCAUGGCUACAAUGGUCAAGACUGAGGGACCGAGAAGUCUCUACAGUGGUCUGGUAGCUGGUCUCCAACGUCAGAUGAGCUUCGCUUCGGUGCGCAUUGGACUUUAUGAUUCUGUGAAACAGUUCUAUACCAAAGGAUCUGAACAUGUUGGUGUUGGCAGCCGCCUACUUGCUGGUUGCACCACAGGAGCCAUGGCUGUGGCCUUUGCCCAACCAACUGAUGUGGUGAAAGUAAGGUUUCAAGCACAAGCAAAUAUGUCUAGUCCAAACAGAAGAUAUAAUGGCACCAUUGAAGCCUACAAAACCAUCGCCAAGGAAGAAGGUAUUCGAGGGUUAUGGAAAGGGACCAUGCCAAAUAUUGCUCGCAAUGCUAUUGUGAACUGCACAGAACUCGUUACAUAUGAUCUGAUCAAAGAUCUGUUGUUGAAGAAUGGUCUUUUGAGUGAUAACCUUCCAUGCCAUUUCUCUUCUGCUAUUGGUGCUGGAUUCUGCACAACCAUUAUUGCUUCGCCUGUUGAUGUAGUGAAGACAAGAUACAUGAACUCUGCCCCUGGCCAAUAUAGCAGUGCCUUAAACUGUGCAGUAACCAUGUUUACAAAGGAGGGUCUUACAGCCUUCUAUAAAGGGUUUAUGCCAUCAUUUCUACGUCUGGGGUCAUGGAACAUAGUGAUGUUUAUUACAUAUGAACAGCUGAAACGAGCUAUGAUGGUAGCCAGGCUUUCUUGAGAAUCUUCUCUGUAAACAAAAAUAAUGCUUAGUUUUAGCUGCUGGAGUUUGCACAACUUGUACACCAAUAUAAACUCUUUUUAGUUCCUCCUACCUCUUUCAUUAGAAUUUUGCAUAUUUACUCCUAGGUUUUGUAAGACCUUGGGAAUGGUUUCAGAUUUUAAAUCUUAAUGUCCUAUUGUUCUGUAUAACAGUUUCUUUACUGAUAUUUCAUAUCUAUCUUUGGCACAAUGUAACCAUUGGCGUAAAUGGUUGCAGAUUUGUUUUACCAAGGGCCAUACACACAUUGAUGCAAUUGUCUCGACGACGACAUUUUAUUUUUCUUCCCCAAUAAAUUUUAUAUGCCAGCAGGAAACAGCCACUCUAAAUUUCGUAAAUUUGUGUUAGAAAAUCUAUUAGCAGUUGGAAAAAUUCAUUCUGGAAUUAAAGUACCACACAGGAAGAACCAUGGCUCCACUUUGGAGUAAUGUGCUUGACUUUAUAACAUUUUUUAAUAGUACUGUUGCUGUUCUAUCUAAAAGAAAGAAACCUUUUUUUAAUUAUAUCUCAUUGCAGUCUCAAAUAAUAAAAACUUAUUCUCAUGGUAAA